GUGCACAACACACAAUCCGUGUUUUGAUUUUGAAUGAUAUUUUCAACGGUCAAUCUGUAAUCUGAAACAAUAAAUAAAUAUAUGUUUUCUCUAUGAUCUGAAUCUGUAUAUUACUGUCAAAAAAAGUUAGUAUUCGUUAGUGCUUUAUUAUGUUUUUACUAGGUUUCAGCAUAUAUUUUUAAUUCAUAGUCGUUAAUUCGUUAGUGAUUCAUUGCCAUGGAAAAUUCAGAAAAUACCAAUUCUGUACUAUCUGAUGACUUGAGUGAUGUUUCUUUGCAAUUGGAAAAUGAAUCAAACACCAUAGAGGAUAGUAUAUUAACAUCUGAAGAUGACACCUACAAUAUGAGAGACAAGAAAACCUAUGAAAAAGAGGUUGGUAAGAGAAAACAUCUAAUUCUAGACAGCACUAACGAGUUGGACGAUUCUUCUAUUCUGCAUGCAUCCAAAAAUAAUUCAGAAAUAAUAGACAACUCAAAUUCAUCUGAUCAAGAGGAGGGUGCUGUUCAGAAAAGCCCUAAACGGUCCUCCAUUCGAAAUAGAAGAAAUAUAUCUGUUGGGAAUCAAAAUGAACAUGAUUCUAAUAGUGAAUGUGAGGAGAGUUUUAUUAAACCACGAGUAAAAAAAAAUCGUAUCAUUUCAUCUGAUUCAUCUGAUACAGAUUUAGUCACUCCCCGACCAAACAGAAGUAAACCUAGAAAAUCUUCCAAUCAAAGCUCUGAUUCAUCAGAUGAUGACAAAACGGUUGAUUUAGAAUUUGGCAAGCCUUCCAAUGAAAGUGCCCUCAUGAAUAAAUAUUCAAAACGUCAUAAUAACAGUAUUAAGUCCACAAAUGAAGAUUCAAGUUAUAGAAGAAGAAGCAGGACUAGUACAAGUUCAAAUUCUGAUGCGUCAAAUAUUUCUAGAAAUAAAGAUGAGUCCGAAGCAGUUUCACUGGAUAAAAUCCAGAAUAUAUCUGAUAGUGAUAAAACGGUGGAUUUAGGAAUUGCUAUACCUGCCUUGAACAAGUAUGUCCCACAAGAUACAAAUUUCGAACAGUGCAAUAGCAAGUUAAAAUCCCCUGACAAAAGUUCAGAUUUUAGACAAAAACAUCCAAUCUCUCAUCUCAGUUCUGAUGGGGUAAAUAUUUACAAUCAUACAAAAACGGGUUACAGAAGUUCUAUAGACAAAACAAAUAUUGAUGAAGAAGUUGCUAAUAUAUCUUUGGAGCUGAGCAAAUCCAAAAUAAGUGAGAGGCAAUUUGAUUCAAUAAAUAUAGGCGAGUCUGACUUAUCUGAAACAGAACAACCCUUGAAUGUAGGGACGCCAGCACUGAGGCUCACAGAAGAAUUUCAUUUUGGUAAGAAUAGAAAGUUUAUGCACAGUACAAUAAUUGAACCUCAAGACACCCCUGUAAAUAAAAAUACUGGUAAACGCCUACUAAACAAAUCUAUUGACACUCCUAGAUCAAUAAAACAAAUAAAAGAGUCAGACACACCUAGAAAUGUUCCACAAAUUUUUUUAAGCUCCUCUAGUUCAGAUGAAGAGACUCGUGAAAGUGAUGAUGAUAUUAUUGAUGUAAGUAGUGAUGAGGAAGUGCUUCCAAAAACUCUGGUCCGAAGUAAAUUGAAACAAACAAAGCUGGAUGAUUUGAUUUUGAAGGACAAAACACCAAUGACAGUGAAGUCCAAGAAAGAAGAUACCUUGUCAGUUAUAGAGGUUACACCAGCCGAAUACAAUCAGCAAAAUCAGAAAGUAAAGGGAAUUGAGACCGAUUUACUGAAAAGUAAAAACUUGAUGAGAGUGGUCAAACUAGAACAUCUUCCAGAUAAAGGUAAAUCAAUACUGCUCAGGCAUGAAUCGUUGGAAACACAGUUAUUGGAAGCAGUGAAAAAAUUGUCAAUGAUGAAGGUUACAAAAGAAAACCCUUCAAUCAGCAAUUUCGCUAAUACCAACCCUCAAAGUAAGGUGAAGGUACUAUCUUGGGAAGAAAUAGAAAAUAAAGCAGGCAUUGUCCAACCAAAGACAUUCGGGAAACAGGCCAUGUCAACAUACAAUGCACAAAAAGCAGUCACUAUGGACAGGUUACAUCAGCUGCAUGGAUCGUUGAAAACAUGUCCAACAGAAGAUGAUCUCACUGAAGAUCCGAAAGGUUUGAAAGUUGAUUUGAUGCCACAUCAAAAAAGAGCAUUGACAUGGCUGAUGUGGAGGGAAAUGCAAAAACCCUCUGGAGGCAUACUAGCAGAUGACAUGGGUCUCGGAAAAACUCUGACAAUGAUAUCCUUGAUGCUGAAAACGAAUGAAAUUGAGAAGGACACUGAAGAAAGCUCUGACGAGGAAAAUUCACCAGGAAAAGAGCCAAAAUAUAAUGGAGGAACACUAGUAGUAUGUCCUGCAACUUUAAUAAACCAGUGGUCGGGAGAGUUGGAAAGACGAACGAAGAGAGGUUUGACUUCAUGCGAAAUGUAUCACGGUCCUAAACGGGAAACUAAACCAAAAAAACUUGCUAAACACGAUAUGGUUAUAACAACCUAUGCGAUAGUCAACAAUGAAUGUGAUAAAAACGGUGCCAUAUUCAGAGUGAAGUGGAGGAGAAUUGUGAUUGACGAAGCACACCAGAUAAGAAACCACAAAUCUCAGACCUCAGAAGCUGUAUGCAGGCUUUCUGCAAAGUCCCGAUGGGCGUUGACUGGUACACCUGUUCACAACAAAGAACUCGAUAUGUAUGCUUUGCUGAAAUUUAUACGCUGUACCCCAUUUGACGAUUUGGCAGUAUGGAAAAGGUGGGUUGGAGAUAAGAGUACAGGAGGUACAGAGAGGCUUCAUACUGUGAUAUCAUCCCUAAUGUUGCGAAGAACCAAAAUAGAGCUAAUAGAAAAAGGUUUCCUGAAUGCCAUGCCUGAAAGAAAGUGGGAGUUGGUACCGGUGGAGCUAAACAAAAUGGAAAGAGAUGUUUACAGCAAAAUUUUGAUAUUUUCUCGUACGCUCUUUGCACAAUUUUUGCAUCAAAGGGCAGAAAAAAAUCAAGACGCUUUCCUCGCUCAAUAUGACAAUUUUAAUCAACAACCCAAUGGACAGAACAAAGAGUAUGUGAAGAUGAGGGAGAAAUUAUUGAAGCUCAAUAAACUCAAGGAUAUCAAACAGCAUGAGAUCCUAGUUCUGCUGCUCAGAUUGAGGCAAAUUUGUUGCCAUGCGUCUCUGAUAACUAGUAUGUUGAAUGAAGAUAUGGACAUUCUGGGAGAAGAUGAUGGUGGCGACAAGGGAGAAGCUCUAGACCUUCUCGAGCAACUUAAUAAACUAACAAUUGAUGGAGAUGAAUACCACCCUAACUCCAUGGCAGAAGGUAUUGGAGAAGAAGCUCUCGGCCUGAAGGAAGCUGCAAGAGGAGUUCUCAAUCCAUCGGAUCCAGUCUUUUCUGAAACCAGUAUGAGCAGCAAAAUAAGAGAACUCAUCAAAGUAUUGCGAAAAAAUGUGUUAGUGAAGAACGAUAAGGCAAUCAUUGUAUCGCAGUGGUCUUCCUUCCUUCGACUGAUCUCCUACCACUUAAAGGCGGAAAAAAUAACCUUUGAUCAGUUAGACGGAAACGUACCUGUCCCCAAAAGAAUGACCAUGGUCGAUAGAUUCAACAAUCCCAAAGAUGAAAUGAAAGUGUUGCUAUUGUCGCUUACAGCUGGUGGUGUCGGACUCAACUUGAUUGGAGCCAAUCAUCUGUUCCUUCUCGAUCUACAUUGGAACCCCCAACUGGAAAAUCAAGCGCAGGAUAGGAUAUAUCGAAUGGGGCAGAAAAAAGACGUGUUUGUGUAUAAGUUCAUGGCCACCGAUACGAUUGAGAAGAGAAUUUUGGACUUGCAAGAGAAAAAGUUGGAAAUCGCCCAGUCUAUGCUGACAGGAACCAAACAGGCUAUCACAAGCAAGCUAUCAUUGCAGGAUCUCAAAAUGCUUUUCGAAAUGUAAAUAAUUUUAAUGAAUUAGAAAAACCAAUUGGGGUUGUUCCCAUCUAUUCCUAUUAA